GGAAGGCGGCCCCGCCCCCCUUCUGCCCUCUCACCCCGUGGGCCGAGGGGGUGGAAUGGGGGAGGGGAGGGGGCGUGGUUCGUUCCCAGCGGGAGGGGGGCGACAGCGGCGGAGAAGGGAGACCCUCCACUUCCCUCUCCCCUAUAGUGUGCGUGCCCCCCCCGGCUGCUGUGCGGGGAGGGGGCUUCCCUUUCAGUGUAGGUCAUCAUCCCCCCCCCACUCAGAGCCCAAAGGGAAGAAAAGAGAAUGGCGAUUAUUUGAGGGGGAGCGCAGGCAGGUGUUGUUUUUGAUGUCAUUUUCCUCUCCCUGCUUCUCCCUCCCCCCCGCUUCAAAAAAGUAUUGGUAGUCAGUGGGGUUGGAAGAAAGAGAGAAGCCCCCCUCCCCCAAUGCACACACGUUGGGGCACAGGCUGGGCUCCCCACUAGCAGUCCCUCUCCGGAGCAAGGCUGCCCGCGGCUACGGGUCGUGGUCACUGGGUCAGGUGUCAGAGGGCUGAUGGUUGCUGGUGGUGAGCUGGGCGAGGGCUGUUGUGCUCAUGUGUCCUGCUUGCGGAUGGGGUGGGGGAGCCCUUCUGGUUAGCUGCUGCGAGAAACAGGCAGCUGCACUAUUUGGGCCUUUGGCAGGGGCCCUUUUUACGGGGCCCUUACGAUUUUCUCCCCAGUAUUGAUAGCUGGGCUGCACAGGGGUGGGGUACCCUGGGGUGGGUGCCUCACACACACUAAUUCCCCCCUCCUCCCUUGGGGCGAGAGUUUGCAUAAGGGAAAGGGGGGCUUUCUCCCUCAAAAGAAGAGGGGUAGGGUAUGUGUACACCUUUGAAACACACCACUUUGUUUCAUUCCCCCCCCCCCCCAGGGCUAGCCUAAGAUAUUCUGCUGCCCAAGGCAGAGCAGCAGAGGAUGUCCCUUCUCCCUAAUACACACUGGAUCUUGAUGCAUAGUACUCAAGACUGAUGUAGCUGCCUUAGCACUCGCGGAAGAAAUUCCCAAAAUUGUUUCUCCCUCUUUCUAACAGUGAAAAUGCAAUAAACAAAAUAAAUAGCAAUUUGUUGCCCUUUCCUGAUACCCAGAAGCAGUUGCCUGAGUUGGCUGCCUUACUCUGCCUAAUGGUAGGACAGGCCCUAUGUUCCUAUCCCCUAUCCCUGUUCUGUCAUCAUCUUUUGCCUCCACUUUCAACUUUCCCUGGUUAUUGGAAAGUUUGAGAAGAACUAUGUGAGCACUCCCUGCCCCCAGAUGAUUAAAUUGUUGGGUAUGAGCUUUCAUGUUGCGCAAAAUGUAUCUGCAGAAUUCUGCAGUCAGAGCUCAGAAUUUUUAAAAGUGUGAGGUUGCAUGCCCAGCAUGUUAAUAUGUUCGGGUCAAGUAUAUUCACACAAGCAGACAGUUAAGCCAGGUUGCUAAAUGCCCCAAAGACUACUUUAGACAUGAUAACUUCUGUACAUGGGAAAUAUUUAUCAAAGAAACAGUACACAACACAUGUCGCUGCUGCCCAGGCGAUGUUUGUAUUGUGUUUAUGUCACAUGUGAUGAUCUAUGUGUGCAUUGUAUGCUGUUUCACACAUGGAAGUGUUUUCCAUGUGGGAAUUCUGGUGUGUUCAGAGCAGCCCUUUAAUUCUAGGCAAAAGGCACCACCAUUUCCCUCCUUGUCUGCUUGCCCUCGUGAGUAAAUCAGGGAUGGAGAAUCUGCAGCCCUCCUGGUGUCAUUGGGCUCCAACUUGCAUUGGUCCCAGCCAAUGUGAGCAGUGCUCAGGGAUGAUGUGAGUUAUAGUGGAACACCUUGGAGCCCCACAGGUUCCCCACCCCUGAUUUCAAGCAACCUGUUCAAACUCUCAAAAUUAUUAUUUCCAACAAUGUACUCUGUAUGCAGAGGUGGUUGCUUUAAAAUUAGAUAAUUGCAAAACUUGUCACCCUAAUGCCAUUAUUUUUAUUAUAGUUUCCUGCCACCACACUCUCCUCCUACUGAGCGUAGAAAUAUUUUUUAUAAGCCUAAAUGUGGUGGGGUUAGUUAGCUUGUGAAUUAAAAUUUGAUUGUGCUCCUGUUCAAAGAUGAUAGAAGUGCUUUUCAUCCUCAUAUCCUGUGGGAAAUUUGAAGACAAAAUGCUGAUGGAAAUGUAUUGAAGCUCAGCUACGUGGUAGUCUGAACAAGGCUCAGUUUGUCUUUCCACUGCUUAGACUUUACAGCACAGAAAAAUACAGCAUGUAUGCUAGAAUAGCUCAAGAGAUGCCAGCUAUUUAGCUCAGCUUGCUGCAGCUGCUUAGAGAUGGUCUGUGUCUUGAACCAUCGAGGGGGCAUAGCUGAUUAAAAUCAAGGGUUCCGGAUACAAUCAUUACUAUUUCUAGAGAGAUAAAAUAGUUAUGGCAAUGUUUAUUAUUAUUAUGUGGCUUUGAGGGAAGCAGGCUUCUGAGCUGCACAAAAUUCUUCAGCAAGCAAGAGCUUUUAAUCACUACAUUUUGGAAGAGCUCUGCGUAAUUCAGAAUUCUGUUAUUUGCACCAGCAGUGGGGUGCCCAAUAACCUUUGACUUUCUGAGCCAUAUCAGUUCCAUCACAGGUGACUCUUCCCAUGUAGAUGGGAGCAGAGUUGGAGAAGUGAAAUAUAUAACUAUAAGUAUUUAUUUAGAUUUCAGCUCGGAAGAAACAGUCCUCAAGGGAGUGGCCAUAGCUUACUUGUAGAGCACAUACCUUUGCAUGCAGAAGGUCCCAGGUUCAAUCCCCAGGAUAUUCAGUUAAAAGGAUCAGAUAGGAAGUGAUGGAGAAAGAUCCUUCUCUGACUGAAACCCCAGAGAGCUCCAGUCAGUCUGAGUAGACAAUACUGGGUUGUGUAGACAGAUAGUUUGGCAGUUUCCCAAGUUACAACAAUUUUCCUGGGUAGUUUUAUUGUUUCUUUUUUUAUUCCCCCUACUUUUUUGACAUGUAUUUGUAUGUUUCUAAAAUAAAGUUGGCACCAUUUUAAUAAAAAAUAAAAAUUCAUUUAAUAAGAAUUUAAAAAUGAAGGAGUUAAACAAAAAUUUCAGACUAAACUACCAUUAAAAUCCCCAACUUUCCUCCCCCAAUUUAACCCUAACACACAAAAUCUCACAGCCAUAUAAAAAGUGUUACUGAUGUUUUUAUGUUAAUGCUAAUGUGACUAUUUUCAUUUAAAAUUUGUGUGGUUCAAGCAAAGUUGUAAAUGGAAGUAGCAGGGUGGUGCAUUGGUGGUGUGCCUUGAGCUGCUGCUCUUUUUGUGAAAUAAAUUGAAGUAUCUGCUCUCAGAAGUGGCAAUUUUUUGGUUUCUAGGACAAAAAGGUUGCAUUCAUUCUGUGUCCUGUCCUAUACUCCUUGCCGGCUGCAUUUGUAUGUCAUGAUAAACGAGUCUUUCCCAGCCCUGGCCAAGCAGAUUUUUUAAAUCAUUUACUUACUGUACUUACUUACUUACUUACUUAUUUGCCUUUUGCUUCCUGCAAAGAAGUUAUGAAGAAACCCAUAGAAAAUACUGUAUUUAAAAAUUACACUGAAGCAUUCACCCACAAAAAUAAGUCAGAAUACAAAACCACUCUUCCCCACUCAGCAGCAGGGUAAGCAUCGAUUGCUACUAGAAAAACAACAAAAGACCCAACACAGUAUCAAUGCUUAAAUACAUGGGAGAAUAAGAACGUCUUCCCCUAGUGCCAUAAAAAUAACAGUGUUGGUGACAGGAAAGCAUUCUGCAGAUUGCAGGGUUGGGGGCCAGCUACCACUGAAAAGGCCUGAUCUCUCACUGCAAACCUCUUUUGGAGGUGGUACCCUAAGAAGGACCUGAGAUUUUUGUCAUAGGGUCUAGGUUGGCUCAUAGGUGGAAAGAUGGUCCAGGCUCCCACUCAAAUGCUUAUGUGUGAAAUUAAGCUUCAUUCAAGGCUUGCAAUGGUACAAGUCAGGCUACAUUAACAGAUUGUAUUCCUAAAGAGUUAAAGAAUGACAGCAGGGGUCCAAGACCAGGCAGUAGCUUUUAACAAGACAUUACAACUUGUCCUGCUCCCCCCCUUUUUUUAAGCUAGACACAGCACACUCAUAAUACUCUCUAAGAGACUGGUGCACUUCAAGGAACAUGUUUCUUCCAGGGGUGUGGGUCUGCUGCCAAUGGCAGAGGCAGUGCCAAGUUCUCUGUGACAGGUCAGGAGUCAUCUUCUGGUUCUUCCAACCUCCUCUCUUGGCUUGUUAGCACCCUUCCCCAUUGGGCUAGCUGGUCCUAGUCAGUAAUUUUGCAGUAGCUUCAGUUUCUAAACUAUCUUCAAAGGCCGCUCAACAUAUAAUGCAGUAAUCUAACUAGAGGUUACUAGAGCAUAGACCACCAAAGCCAGACUCUCCUAAUCCAGGUGGUGUUGCAGUGGGGCCACCUAACAGGGCAGAGAGAUGGCGCUCUGCACCAUGCAAGCCACGUGUGUCUUCAGUGACAUUGAUGGAUCCAAUAGUACCCCCAAGCUGAGUACCUGCUGCGUCAGGAGAGGUGUGAUCCCAUCCCAAUAGGUUACACCCACCCACCCACACCCUGUACAGACUGAGGAACUGCCCACUAACAGUGUCUCUGCCUUAACUGGAUUGGAGUACUGAUGACACACUCCCAAACUCCGAAUGUCUCCAUUCAGCAGCACGGUGUAGAAUAGCAUGGGGGAUAAAAACUGAAUGCUGCAGAAACCUGCAAUGGAGAUUCCAUGGGACCAAACAAUAACCCCCAGGCACUACCUUCUGGAGCUAACCAUACAGCUACAACUGGUACCACCCCUAGGCAGCACCACCCAUUUUUAACUCUAAGGGUAACAAGAUGGAUGGUUUCAAAAGCCACUGAGAGAUCAAGGGCAGUCAACAGGGUCACACUCCCAUGUCUCCCAACGUAGGUCAUCCUAUUGGCAGUUUUUCGUCCGAGAGCAGGAACAAACUCCAAUAGAAAUGAUCCAGAAAAACAGUCCCCUCCAAGAUUGUCUUGUGCUGGUCAGUCACCACACCCUUGAGAACUUUGCACAAGAAAGGGAUGGGAGUGACUUCUAUUUGCUCCAUAUCUUUUGGGUCCAGGGAAUAUUUAUCAGGAUGACCUUAACACCACCUAUCUCAGGUUGCCUGGGACUGCUCCAUCUUGCAAGGAGGCAUUAAUUCCCCCCCCCCUGCCCAACAAGCACUACCCCCAUAGCUUUUACCAGCCAUGAGGGGCAAGAGCAAGAAGUCAAGUGAUCCACUAACACAUUGUUCACAACCCCAAGGCAUGUCAGCUGGAAUUCAUCCAACAAAACUGGCCAGGACUCUACUCUGAGUACCCCUUGAGACUGACCUGCUACAAUAGUGGAGUCCAAGUCCUGGCAGAUAUAAUUUUAUCCUUAAAAUACCUUGCAAACAAGACAUAGCAGGAUGUUGUGGGUUCCAAAAACUCAUUUAGGCCAAUUGGUUAAAUGCAACAAAAUAGCUCCACUUGAGAGCAUAUAAAGGAUGCAAUGGAAGAAGCAAAUAAACACUCUUUGCCUCCUUCAUGGCUACUAAGCAGACUCAAUAAUAAAUGAAUACUAGUUCAGUUGCAUUUGUCUGGAGUUUUACUCCACACGUUCAAGCCACCUCCCAACCUGCUGGAGCACCCUCUACUCCCUGGUGUACCACAGAGCUACCUGGGCUUUAUCAAGUACACCUCUCCACUCCACGGGACUUAGACAGGAGCAUCAGUCCUGUCAGCUGGGGAGGUAGGAGCCCAAACUGUUUGGGAAUCCAUUGGACUCAGCCUCUGGAAGUAGUAGUAGUUGUUGUUGGCAUCUUUCUGUCAGAGUGGGGCAUCCUGAUACCCUUCCUCCACACAGAGAAAAGGACAGUGGCAAAAUGAAUCUCACCAGGGGGUGACUUGAUCAUGAAAAGGGAAUGUUGAUAAUAUCCUCCACUCUCAGUUCACCCUCUUUCUGUCCUGGCUAGAGCAUGUCCAGCUCUAAGCAUUGGACCAAUGACAUGUUCAGAAGGCCCCAUCUUUGUCAUGAUAGGCAUGAAGUACUCAGCUGCCCCAGAUCCAGUAAUCUCAGCAUGAAUAUUGAAAUCCCCAUGACCAACAGCUCAGGGGUCCUCAUUAUAGAGACUGCCUAUGUCAGCUCAAGCAGGAAGACAACUGGGCAGUAUACCAGCAGCCUCCUAACAUGUCCUCUACACACAGGACUUGAAUGUGGUCAUGUUGUAAGCCUAGAAAUAGAUUAUUUCAGGACCCCCCUCCCCAAAAGCAACCUCAUGCUGCCCUGAAUACACAGGUUGGCAAAAAAUAUAUAUAUCCAGUUGGGGGAAAUCCAACUCCUUGUUGCUCACCUGCCCAGGUUUCACUUACACAAGUCAGAUCAGUCUCCUCAUCCAUAAUCAUUGUGGAUGGAGGAGAUUUUGUUUUAAAACAAACCAACAGCACCUGCAGGUUCAAGGACUGGGUGACAGAGCACUCACUGUACCCUCAGUUAGGGGAGGUUCCAGCAUGCAGCACAGCCAAUAAUGUGCUGAGCAGUAUUUGCUUCCCUCCACCCCACCAUACUUCCUCCAGACCUCUCUACUGCACCUCCCACAGGGCAGCAUGGCUAGGGACGGUGAGAGUUGUGCCUUCCACAUGCUUCAGGCUACUAGGCUGGGGAAGGCUACAUUAAACAACUGUUUAUCAUUAAGAGAAUAAGCCUAGGCAAACCACAAGCUCACCCAACCCCCACCCCCACCCCAUUCUUUUCCUGCAGUGCUGUUAUAAGGAAGUGAUCCAAAGCUUUCACUUUCAUUCUUUAUUAACCACAGCUUGUUAUUUCAUGCAAGGCUGACAAAGGUUGCAUUCACAGGUUGUGGUAAACCAUAGUUAAUGGCUUGCUGUGAAGGUGUACACGGCUCCCACUUUACUCAAGCCAAAGUUUGUAUUCAUGAACAAACCACAACCCUAACCCUAACCCUAAUCAGAUGUAGCACUAUAGUUUGUUGCUCCCAUUCAUGCAGGGAGCACAGCAGGAAUGAUCUCCAUGUCCACAGUAAGCCAUCAACUGUGAUAUACCAUGACCUGGACCAAUCUAUAUUUGAUGUGAACUAUGGUUUAAAUUUCAGUCUAUGGGCAUGAAGCAGGGUUGCUUCAACAAACCAUAGUUGAAAUUAACCACAGUUUAGGCAUCUGGACGUAGCACCAGUCUGUGAUUAAGGAAGAAAAAUGGAAGCAGAAGCUUUUGAUCUCUUUGACCAGCAUAGCAGCACCACGGGGGAGUGGGGCACACUAGCCCCAAGGAAAACCUUGGUUUGUUCUAAUCACUUUAAGUCAUGGUUUAGCAUGACACCCGAAUGCAGCUAUCCACUAUAUGAAACUCUUCUAAUAGGGAGGCCUAGUUGUGGCUGGUGCUUCAUUUCUAAAGACAGAUUGUGCGAUCUGGAAGUUUUGUCUGCUGGCCCCAGCAAUGUGGGAGUAGGCAGGGGCUAAUGAGACAUGAAGGAAUGGCAUUCUGCACAUGCUCAGGGGUGUGUCUUCUUUAUUUCUUCACAUAUUCCAGGACUGAGCCCUGGCUUGUGGCAGACAUCAUGCAAUGUGCAGAAAUAAGUGAGUCUGUUCUAUCUAGAGAAGGUUUAUUUAAGCUUCAAGUCAUCACGUCUAAACGAUGCAGGGUGCUAUUAUUGUGACCGCUGUUCUUCCCUGGGCUUUGACUAUGACUCAGGUCUCUAUCUGGCUGCUACAGAAGAAAACUGGUGUGUAAAAGACGGAAGUCCUCUCUCUGCCAGACCCCUGGACAAGAGGCAGCAUGGUUUGCUAACUGUCUGAUUGAGUGCCUGGCUUCCACCAUGCCUGUGCAGGCGGCCCAGUGGACAGAGUUCCUGUCCUGCCCAAUCUGCUACAACGAAUUCGACGAGAAUGUGCACAAGCCCAUCAGCUUAGGCUGCUCACACACGGUCUGCAAGACCUGCUUGAAUAAGCUUCACCGCAAGGCCUGCCCUUUUGACCAGACGGCCAUCAACACUGACAUUGAUGUGCUUCCUGUAAACUUUGCACUUCUCCAAUUAGUUGGAGCCCAGGCACCUGAUCACCAGACCAUCAAGCUAAGCAACUUAGGAGAGAACAAACACUAUGAAGUGGCAAAGAAAUGUGUUGAAGAUCUGGCGCUUUAUUUAAAGCCACUAAGUGGAGGCAAGGGCAUUGCCAGCCUGAACCAGAGCGCACUGAGCCGGCCCAUGCAACGGAAACUGGUGACACUAGUGAACUGUCAGCUGGUGGAAGAGGAAGGCCGGGUCAGGGCCAUGCGGGCAGCCCGCUCCCUCGGGGAGAGAACUGUCACUGAGCUGAUAUUGCAGCACCAGAACCCUCAGCAGCUGUCUGCCAAUCUCUGGGCCGCUGUCCGGGCACGAGGGUGCCAGUUCCUCGGUCCAGCUAUGCAGGAAGAAGCCUUGAAGCUGGUGCUGCUGGCCUUGGAAGACGGCUCAGCCCUCUCCAGGAAAGUCUUGGUGCUCUUUGUUGUCCAGAGGCUGGAGCCAAGAUUCCCCCAGGCAUCCAAAACCAGCAUUGGCCACGUGGUGCAGCUUCUAUAUCGAGCCUCAUGCUUCAAGGUCACCAAAAGAGAUGAAGAUUCUUCCCUGAUGCAGCUGAAAGAGGAAUUUCGCAGCUAUGAGGCAUUGCGUAGGGAACAUGAUGCUCAGAUUGUCCACAUUGCCAUGGAAGCCGGGCUUCGGAUAUCACCAGAGCAGUGGUCUUCCCUACUCUAUGGAGACCUGGCGCACAAAUCCCACAUGCAGUCCAUUAUUGACAAGCUUCAGUCCCCAGAAUCCUUUGCAAAAAGUGUGCAGGAGUUGACCAUUGUUCUGCAACGUACAGGUGACCCUGCAAAUUUAAACAGGCUUCGGCCCCAUUUGGAGCUAUUGGCCAACAUAGAUCCUAAUCCAGAUGCAACAUCUCCGACAUGGGAACAACUGGAAAAUGCCAUGGUGGCUGUGAAGACAGUUGUCCACGGCCUGGUGGACUUCAUUCAGAAUUACAGUAGGAAAGGUCAUGAAACUCCACAGCUGCAACCAAAUAGCAAAUACAAAACAAGCAUGUGCCGUGACCUGCGACAGCAAGGCGGGUGUCCACGAGGGACCAACUGCACUUUCGCUCACUCUCAAGAAGAGCUGGAGAAGUAUCGGCUAAGGAACAAGAAGAUCAGUGCCACAGUGAGAACCUUCCCCUUGCUAGGCAAAGCCAGUGUCACGAGCGCAGUCUCCACCACGACAGGAAGCAUCAUUUCCAUCCUGGGAAGUGCGGAGAACUCUGGGAAGAUGGCACAGAGCACUAACGGCAUUGUGAGCCUGGAGAGUGGCAGCCCCCAGCUGAUCCCACGUUGCGCUGACCCCUCGUCCAUGAUGGUGUUGGAGAACGUGAAGAAAGCGGGGAAAGCUGGAGCCAAUGGACAGAACACCCCGGGCUCCUUGGCAGACCCUCUCUCUGAAAAUAAAAUUGGUUCCCUUUCAAAGACUCCCGUCAGUCAGGUGGCAGCUACCUCAGCAGGUCCUCCUCCGCCUCCCCCGCCUCCUCCUCCUCCUGUGGGCACAGAGAUGAACUCCAUCACCCCCCAAGCUGGCCCAUUUGCUGCCCGAAUGCCUGUCUACCCGCCGCACUCCGACAGCCUCCAGUAUUUUCAAGAUCCCAGAACCCACCUCUCCUAUGAGCCCCAGCAGUACCCGCAAGCAGGAUACUACCCAGCACCACCGACAGUCCCAGCUGGUGUGGCCCCCUGCCUCCCCCGCUUUGUGAGGCCCAGCAGUGUCCCUGAACCCCCCCUCCCAUCUGCUUCUGUGCCAUACGGCGACCAUUACAGUGCAUUUCCCCCUCGGGACAGAUUGAGCUCUCCUUACCAGCCACCACCGCCACCACAGCCCUAUGGGCCAGUCCCGUCUGGGAUGUAUGCCCCGCUCUACGACAGCCGGCGGAUCUGGCGGCCGCAGAUGUACCCAAGGGAUGACAUAAUCCGGAGCAACUCCUUGCCUCCCAUGGACGUCGUAAACCCCACUGUCUACCAGUCCUUCCUGCGGGAGAGAUACAACUCUUUGGACAGCUACUAUUCCAUGGCCUGUCAGUUGCCGGCUGACCAGAGGACGGUGCCUUCCUUGAGAGAUCCUUGUGGCCACUUGAAACCCACUUAUGAUGACCCACUGCGGAGGAAGCUGGAGCAGUGGGCUCCGUGCCACGUACCAAAAACGCCUCUCAUGUCCUCCUCCACUCUGCCUGCAGCCACACAGUCUCCUCCUCCUCCUCCUUCCCCUCUCUUCAAUGUGGACUUCAGCCGAGAAUUCUGCGAGAGUGCCAGUAGCCAGCACAGCUCCAAGUACGAGGAUGACCGCCUCUCCCACUACUCUCCCUGGUCCUGUGGCACCAUCAGCUCCUGCAUAAGUGCCAUUGAGUCAGAGCCCAAGGACGUCAUUGCCAAUUCUGGUGCGGUGCUCCUGGACCUGGACAGUGGGGACAUGAAGAGGCGGGUGCACCUCUUCGACACCCAGAGAAGGGUGAAGGAGGAAGACCCAAUCAUUCCUUUCGGCGAUGGGCCCAUCAUCUCCAAAUGGGGCGCCAUCUCCAGGUCAUCGCGCACGGGUUAUCACACGACAGACCCAAUUCAAGCUACUGCUUCCCAAGGAAGUGCUACAAAGCCAGUCAGCAUGUCAGAUUACACCCCUUACGUCAGCACCGUUGAUUCAAGAUGGAGCUCCUACAAUUCCGAUUCUACUUCAUCAGCGCCUUUCAGAGAACGGGACCGGUUCGUCCUUACAGAUGUGUCUGCCCCAAGAAAGCAUUCUAGCGCUGGAGAUCUACUGAGCAUUGAACUGCAGCAGGCCAAAAGUAACUCGUUGCUGCUUCAGAGAGAGGCCAACGCACUUGCCACGCAGCAGAAAUGGAGCUCCUUGGCAGAAGGAAGCCCUCUCUCUUUGACCCUCCUAAGCAAUGAAAUCAAUCUGAGAAACGGCGAGUCUGACUAUCUGGAGGACGGUGCAGACGCAAAGCCAGACCGAGACAUUGAACUGGAACUGUCAGCCCUUGAUGCCGAUGAGCUUGGUGGGCAGGGAGAGCAAAUUGAGGAGAUUCUGAGCCGGCAGCUUGGCAUUGGCGACCAGGACGAUCAUCCGUUCAACGGGUCAGCUCUGGAGAACGGCCACCCUCUGGAACAGCCUCCAAAAGAGCCCAGGCAGCAGGCGAGGCCCAUCUUAGGUGAAGACCUUGCUAUUCUGGAGAAGCAGAAAGCAGCCCUGCCAAUGACCUGCUUCAGCCAGCCAACGGCAUCCUCUGUGACGUCCCUGCCCAUCACAGCUUCCUCCUCGGGAGUGGGCAGCCUCGUUCUCAAGACAGCCCACAGCCUCAAAGCAGCUCACAUCAUGGCAGAAGGGAAAAGUGACUUUUUAAGGCCAGUGGCAAAUGGCAAGAUGGUUAACAGCUGAGAGGUGUUAUGUUUUCAAGCUUGUGAUCAUGCUAAGGCAGCAUUUACACUAUAUUAUAUAAUGUAUAUAUUUUUUAAAAAAAUACUAUUGGGGUGAUUUGUUUCCUGUGGACUCUUUGAUACAUCAGGCCCCUCUCAACUUAGCAUUCUGGAAAAUGAAAGAGAAAACAAACCACUUUGCUAGGCUCAGGUGUUCAUGUUCCGCAAGUGGUUUGUAAGAAGCUUAAGAGAAGCUUUUAAAUUUGUUUGUGGAAAUUCCAGGGCGCCUUCUGAGCCGUUCUUGUUGAGAGAUAGCUUCUCUAGAUAAAUGUGCAAGUUAGCUCAUUGAAGCCAGCAGAUCCUCGGGGUGAAGUGACUCAUGGGAGUAGAACUCACUUGUUUUGCCUUGCUUUUGUUUCAUGAGAGAGGAACUUGCACCUGGUUGCAGUUGCUGGUUUCUUCAGCUGUGGAACUUUGCAUGAAAUAAGCAUGUGAGAGAGAGAAAGAGAAAGAGAGAGGGGUUGCAGAUCCUCUUAACAUAAGACUUAAUUCAGGGUUGAUACACUUCUUUUUCUUUUAUCUUUGCACAACUGCAUUAUAUGCAGUAGUGCAGCACUGUCUGGCCCUCCCCCUUCAUUUCCCCUACCCCCCCACCCCUCCUCUGCUUUAGAGCUUGGUAUUUCCACAUAUCAAGCAACUUGCCUGUGUACAAAUGAUAGAGUGCAAAAUCGAAGUGCCUACAUCCUAGAGCUUACAUCUUCUGUCUCUUUACCUGCUCUUGAGUUGUAAGCAGAAUUGUUACAUCGACAACAGGCUUGUCCACACUUACCGUACUUUUCCGUCUAUGAGGUGCCCCCAUGUAUAAGAUGCCCUCUAUUUUGUGGGGCUCAAAUUUAAGGAAAUGGGGGUAAAUGGCACAGAGUUGUUGAGCUUUUUUGUGGAGAUUUGGCCAGAGUUGUUUAGCUUUUUUGGGGGGGGGGUAAUGCCCACAGUUGCUGAGCAAUUUUUUUGGGGGGGGAGGGGUGACGAACUGAAUAUCACUCACCCAACUGGCAAACGCUAACAAUCGCAAGGGAUGCAAUCCUAAUUGCCAAAGCAGCCCUUGCAGGAGACACCAUUCACCCACCCAAUUGCUAGAUCCUACUCGCGGAUGCAACCAAUUGCCCACCCCCCUCUGCACUACCCAUGUAUAAGACGACCCCCUCUCCCCCAUUUUUACUUUAUUUUGGAAUAAAAAACCCUCGUCUAAUAUAUGGAAAAGUACGGUACCUUCCUCUGCUCUUUCCAGGCACAAUCUGAGGACCACCCCCCCUUUCUUGCUCUGGAGUUUUCUCCGCAAAAGCCCACUCUUUAAAGGUCAGCAACUGCAAACAGCUAUCUGCUUUGCUCCAAUUCAUAUUUGAAGAGCAGGUUUUCACAGGGAAAGCUUAGGGCAAAACCCCCACAAAAAGCCACUGGGAUGCAGUUUGUUAAAGUGUAGACCUCUGCCUAGAAAGAGCAGGGUAAAACCUAAGUGUGGAUAAGGUCAAAAACACACUGCACUUGUUCCCUGGGCAGCUCCUUCGGCUAGAUCAGUCCCCAGAGCCUCAGCAAUCAGUCGUUCCAGGCAAACAAAACAUUUUCUGUCACAUUUGCACUGACUUGACAACACAGUAUUGCUAUUGAUGUACUUGUCAAAUAAGAAGUGAUUAGCAGUUCUUUUGACACUCAUUGUGUUGUUUUGAUUAUUUUAUUUGUUUAGAUUAUUUUAUUGUUUUAUUUGAUUAUUUUAUUUGUUUAGGUUUUAUUACUGACCCUUGACAAGGCCUUGAACACUUAAUGGUAUAGCUUUAGCUCGGCUUGUACAGAACAACGAAUAAAUGUGUCUUUUUAAAAAUGUGAUUAUAAGGAAACGUAAGUCAGGAGCCAUCACCUGAAAUAAGAACACACACCUCUUGGGCCCUGAGCCGUAUUGUCUUUCACUUUCUUGCUUUAGACACUCAAGGCACCCAGAAGGUGGUAGAGCAAAAGAAUGCUUGCUGGCAAGAUAACACCUUCCUCAUUUGUCUUCUAUGGCUUUCUAUUUCUGAUUUUUGCAUUUCUCCUCUUCUUCUUUUUUGCAGUGUUUGAUAAUUAACUUCUGUGAAGUUGUUUACUUGGAGAAUGGUACUGGGAUAUUUUAGCCAAGUGACAUUUUCACAGGUCUACUGUACUCAAGGGCUCGCCCCACUAGCAAAUGGCUUGUAAAAGAGACGAUCGUGUUAAUACUGGCAAAACAGAGCUGGUGACUGUUUAGGAUGCCACUCUGUGUGCAGGAUCAGGCCGCUUCUUUCCACUUUCUUUUUUAAGAAACUAUAACGUGCAGACUUCUGGAUUAGGGGUGGGGCAAAAACAGGCAUUUCUCUGAGGGUUACAAUACUGACUUGCAUCAUUUUUUUUUAAUUUUAUAUCUGCUGACUUGAAAGUUCAUAAAAAAUUAUGUUGUAAAUAUUAUUAUCUGAAAAAAUCCAAGCAUUAGUUUAUAUAUAUUUAUAUAAUAUAUAUAAUCCCAGUGAUGUUGUGAAAGACCCUGGCCACUUAUUUAAUACUAAGGCACAAAGAGCUAUUUAUAAUACAGCAGCCAAAUCGCUUCUCUUAAUUUCAUGGGACAAUUCCUCAGGCUUCUCACUCCUGCAACAAGAGAAACAGGGAAACAGGGGAUUUGAGACUAAAGUACCCGUUCUCUUUAAACUUGUGACUGUUAAGAUUAACUGAUUUUGGUGUGGAAUGCCAUUUGGCUUGUUAUUGUGUUCUCUGAUCCAGCUGGGAAAUCUUGUAUAUAUAAACAUUACAUUUGAAAUGCUUCCAAAAAGGUGGUUUUUUUUGCGCUAUAUGUAACUUCAGAUAUAUAGAGAUAUAUGCAAAACAGCCUCUCUCUCUUUUACAUGGAUAUUUAAACAAUAAGAUCUUCUGUGUUGCAGGUGACGUGUUUUUUUUUAAGGAGGAAGAAAAUAAAUUGCUAUUUUAUUGCAAAAAUAGACAAAUAUUAGAAGUCUGAGAGAUCCUCAUUUUUGCCCUCAGGGAAAUAGCCCCUCUGUGAACCGGAGCACCCCCAGGCCUCAAUACAAUCCAAGGGUGAAUAUAUAGUAAGACCUUGGUUGUGCUGCUGGAGGAAGGGGGCGUGGCAUAAAUUGUUUACAGUUCUUUGUUCACUUGUCCAGUGGCAUCACAUAAUUUUUAAAAAAGCCACCAUAUUUCUGCUGUCCUUUUACCACCUUGACUGGGAGCCAGCUGCCUUUGUGCUUCUUUGGCAGAGGCAGCGAGAGCUCCUGCACUAUAGUAGUUUUGUAGAAAGGGCCACACACUUGACAGGAAGCAUCUACUCCUAGGUUGUACUUUAAAUCUUCAACGCAGAGAAUUGCAGGCUCAAGGAAACAGCUGGGACUUUCUCGCCAUGGAAAUGGCAUCAUUCUGGCUGGGCGUUGUCCACCUCCGAAGUGGUUUGUACAAACCAGCCUGUCUGGGUGUGGAGCAAUCAACUUAUGGUAGUCCUUUGGACGCCCUUGGGCUCCCAGCCCCCACCAUCCCCAGGCAACAUGGCCAAGAAUAGUCAUAGGUGAUGGGAGUUGUAUUGCAGCAGCACCUGGUGGCGGUGGAAGGCAAAGAAGCUCUGCACCGCUUGCCUUAGGUACAGCCAGAGGGGUGGGUGCUGAGACGAAUCAGCACCAUGGCCUGCUUUGCAGCUGUGUCUUUAGAAAAUUAGGCCAACGGGAGGAGCGGCCGGCAGGAGGAGAGAGCAGAGGAGGGUGGCUCCUGCCCUCUGGCAGCAGGUGGCAUUUUUUUAGGCAGAUGCAGGGGGGAUUGGGGGCACACACACUGGGGGGGGGGGUUAAUUGCGGUAGCAAGAAAAGCUUCAGCUGUGCUUCCUCAUAAUGUGCACUUCCUCUCCCCCUUCGUUUUGACUCAGUGCUUUGGGUAGCCAAGCUUCAGGUGUGAAACAAAUGCUGAGUGUGAUGGUAGAUGAGGCUUUGAGCUGGCAUAGAGUAGCUGCUGGCCUGUGUUAAGGAAGAGUGGCAGGUCUGUGAUAGGCCUGGUUUGACUAUUGGUCCCUGCUGGUGUUUUCCCUUUGCUGGAUGUGGUGUUCAAAUAUAAUACCUGGUGACAGUUUGAGUGUAGAACACAGUGCUUGCCUAAAGUGUGUGCGGCAAAUGCCAGAACAGAAGUCCUGGUGGUAUCCAUUUUUUCCUUUCUUUUUUAAUAAUUUGAAAGCCAGGUCUGUUGUGAAAUAUGCUUUAUUUAAAAACAAAAACUCCAUGUGGCUUGGCUGUGGGAUUUCUUGUGGUGAGCAAUUUUCAUGUCUAAUUUUGUAAGCAGCUGGCAUUUCUCAGUAUUUUAUUAAGCCUGGCCUGCUUUGCAAAGGGUUCAAUCUAAGUGCUUGCAUCUGCACCCCAAUAUUAUUUGGGGAGGGGGCAAUAGCCAGCCAUUCACUACCUGUGGGAGAUGCUUAUUUUUAAGUCCCUUGUAUUUAGGAGUUCUAUAUUUAGAGACUGAAUUUGCAAAUAACAUGGCACGACACAGUGUUUUGCUGGAGUGUGUUCUUCCCCUGCCUGAACUCUCAGCCACUUCCUUGGCUCUGAGCAAGGGCAGCAGCACGGUGCUUUGCUGGCAAAGCGAUAUUGCCAGGCUUAAGGGUGGAGUGGGGUGGCUGGAGUGGAGUGAGCCAAAACUGUGAGCAUCCCACCUGCCCCAAAACUGAGAGAGCAAAUACCUGUCCACCACACCCACAGGCUUUUGUGAAGCUUUUUAAUGGACACUUUAUAUACUUGACAGAGUUUGAUUUAAAAAUAAAAACAAUUCUGGCUGUGUUUCUGAGUGCCAGAAAACAGGGCGAAGUACACUUUUGCACAGAUCCCACCUGCUUACCCAGAGAGAGUCCUCGGUUAUUUAGUCCAAGGCAUGGGGAUGCAUGCAUUUUCCUUAUCUGUGCAGACAAAUAGAUUAUACUGUAGUUGUGAUACAACAUGCGUGGCUUUUCUUUGUACUGCACACACACCCUGUACAGCCACUCCAAAGUAUUGUGGUUUAGCUUGCAGUAUCUGCUGUCUGCAUUUAUACUGUAUACUACAUAUUCUUUUCCCUGGAAGUUAAAAGGAAAAGAAAAACACCACUUUUUCUUUUAUUGUUGCGUUGUUUAACAUUUUAUAAACCUGCUUGGCCCAGAAAGUUUGGGAAAAGAGGGCUGUUUGUCAAUUCUACAACCGGUUGUGAAGCUGAAGUGUGAAUAUUUCUACGUCUGUAUUAGACAUUUUCUUUGCAAAUCUAUUGUUCGAUUGAAAUGUAAAUGAAAUAAAAGAUGGUGUACACCCAUCAUGUAUAAUAAAGCAAACACCAUCGCUACGGUGGAUUUAAUGCCUCAUUUUUAAUGAUGCAUACUCAGCUUCUAUUUAAAAAAAAUGAACUUAAAAAAAUCUGUAAAAUAAAAAGGGAUCUAUUUGGGGCGGGGGAUGAAUUCUAUUCCAUUUAGUUCUGUUUUCAAUUUCCAAAUUCUGUUGUUUUUCCCUUUUGUGUUAUAGGAAUAGGAUUUACAUGGGAAAGCUUAGACCGUACGGUCUGUAUUUUUGGGGAGGGAAGUUUGAGUGAUGGGUGUGGGCUUUGUGAUUUAGCCUGAAUAGCAGAGUGAAGUCUGUGUGCGUGUCUUUUCUGUUGCACUGAAGUGAAAAGAUAAUUAGCUUUUGGGCUGGACACGCACUUUAGCGAAUUGUGGGUUUUUUUCAGUGUUUGAGAGAGAAUUAAUAGAAAAAAGUUUGCAGUACUUGACAUGUAUUUGCAUGCCGUAAAAUAAAACAUUUUGUCCACCUUAA